AUGCCACCAAUUCGUACAGGAUAUCGGGAAAAGUUGGUGGAACAAGAGGGCAAGAUCCUACUUGCUAUUUCCGAUUUAAAAAAUGGCAAAAUUCGAUCAAUUCGUCAAGCCGUACGCAUUUACAAUGUUCCUUACACAACUCUCCAUGACCGACUCAAUGGCAUUGAAUAUAAGAUUGAAAAACGCGCCAAUAGUCAUGUAUUGACUCAGAACGAAGAAGAAUCUCUUCUAAAAUGGAUUCUUGACCUCGAUAAGCGCGGAUUACCUCCCCGGCCAUCCCUCGUACAAGAUAUGGCAGAUCUUCUUCUUUCUCAAAAUGGAAAUAAACAUGUCAGUGAGAGAUGGGUUUAUCGAUUUGUUGAUCGACAUCCGGAAGUCAAACUACGAUUUUCACGAAGAUAUAACUACGAGCGAGCAAAAUGUGAGGAUAUUAAGAUAAUCCGAGAGCAUUUUAACCGCGUACAAGAGGUCAUCCAAGAAUAUGGGAUCUUAUCGGAAGAUAUAUAUAAUUUUGAUGAGACUGGCUUCGCUAUGGGUCUCUGUGCUUCUGCAAAAGUUAUUACAGGCAGCGAUCGAUAUGGAAGGCCUUAUUUAUUGCAACCUGGCAAUCGCGAGUGGGUUACAGCAAUUGAAGCAGUUAAUUCCACUGGAUGGGCUUUGCCCUCAUACGUUAUCUUCAAAGCAACAACCUAUUAUCAACAAGGCUGGUUUGAGACUCUUCCACAAGAUUGGAGACUUGAUAUUAGUAAAAAUGGCUGGACAACAGAUGAGAUUGGAAUACGGUGGCUUCAAAAGCACUUUAUUCCUCAUACGACAAGCCGUACGAAGGGGAGAUAUCGGAUGCUUAUUCUUGAUGGCCAUGGAAGCCAUUUGACACCUCAAUUUGAUCAAAUUUGCAUGAAAAUACAUUAUACCAAGGCUCGUGCAAUGGCAUAUAAAGCUGAAAAUGUUCAGAAUGGCUUCAAAGCUACUGGAUUAGUGCCAUAUAAUCCAGAUCAUGUUUAUGAAAAGCUUACAGUUCAACUUCGGACCCCGACACCCCCUCCUAGUCGAUCAAGUAAUUCACAAUCUUCUUGCCAGCAAACACCUCAAAAUCCACGUCAAUUCAACCGUCAGACGGCAACAAUAAAGAAGCGUAUUAAUGAUCGUACAAUAGGUCCAUUUGAGGUGGUCGAUCAAGCGAUAAACCGGCUGUCCAAAGCAUACGAAAUGAGCAGGAAUGAGCUUCUGAUUAUACAGAAAGAGGUGCAUGAUUUACGAGCCGCAAAUGAGAAGGAAAAGAAAAAACGUAAAAGGUCUAGAGCUCAGAUAUCUCAUGAAGGAUCUCUUACAGCGCAGGAAGCUCAGGAGCUAAUAGGCAGUCGGAAUGAGGCAUCUCAACCUAUCCCGACCGCACCAGUCGAAUCCGAACCCCAAACCUCUCAACCACGCCUACGAGCGCCACCGAAGUGCAGUGGGUGUGGAAUUAUCGGGCAUAAAAUUAAUCGAUGUCCAAAUCGUACUACUAGUUAA